AUGAACAAGUAUUAUGUUAAUAAAAACUUGAAAUCCAUGGGAAACAGGAACAAUGUGACUGAGUUUAUCCUCCUGGGGCUCACUCAGAGUCCAGAGGGUCAGAAAGUUCUGUUUGUUGUGUUCCUACUCAUCUACCUUGUGACAAUAAUGGGCAAUCUGCUCAUUCUGGUGACAAUCAUGGCCAGCCAGUUGCUGGGAUCCCCCAUGUACUUUUUUCUGGCCUUUUUAUCCUUUUUUGAUGCUGUCUACUCUACUACCAUUGCUCCCAAAAUGAUUGUGGACAUGCUCUAUGAGAAAAAGACUAUCUCCUUUCAGGCAUGUCUGACUCAAGUGUUUAUCGAACAUUUGUUUGCAGCUGCUGAAGUCAUUCUUUUGGUGGCCAUGGCCUAUGACAGAUACGUGGCCAUCUGCAAACCUCUUCACUAUUUGACCAUCAUGAACCGACGUGUGUGUGUUCUCCUGCUCUUGGUGGCCUGGAUUGGAGGCUUUCUCCAUUCAUUGGUUCAACUUCUCUUCAUUUAUCAGCUUCCUUUCUGUGGCCCCAAUGUCAUUGACAACUUCAUCUGUGAUAUGUAUCCUUUGCUGAAACUUGCCUGUGCUGACACCUACCUCAUUGGACUCUCCAUGAUUGCUAAUGGAGGGGCGAUUUGCACUGUCACCUUCUUCAUUCUCCUGGUUUCCUAUGGGGUCAUACUGCACUCUCUUAAGAGUCACGGAUUGGAAGGCAGGCGCAAAGCUCUUUACACUUGCACAUCCCACAUCACGGUAGUUGUUCUGUUCUUUGUCCCCUGUAUCUUCCUGUAUGCCAGGCCCAUGACUAACCUCUCCAUAGACAAAUGCAUAACUGUGGUUUUAGCGCUCAUAACUCCCAUGUUGAAUCCUCUCAUCUAUACUCUGAGGAAUGCAGAAAUGAAAAAUGCCAUGAGGAAACUUUGGAGCUCAAAAGUGACUGCAAUUGGAGUGGGGCUCUAUUGCAGAAACAGAACAUGA